AUGGCCUACCUCGCCCGAACUCUGCCCAAAAGGGUCCUAACCCCCUCACUGACGCAACCCAUCCACCAAACCCGAUCAAUAAGCACAAUAAUCCUCCAAUCCACACCAACCACCCGCACAACACAAUCCAGACCCCGAAACCAACUCCGAACCCCCCUCCCUCACCGGACGUACCACUCAGCCCUCCAUGCCAGGCUCCCAGACCACUCCUACACAAACUCCCAAACAGCAAUCCUAACCGCGGCACUAACCCACGUCCCCACGCACGGCUUCUCCGCAACAGCACUGACCCUCGGCGCACGCGACGCCGGCUUCCUCGACGUCUCGGUGCAGCUACUCCCACGCGGGGAAUUCGACCUCAUCCUUUUCUGGCUUGCUAGUCGACGGGGUCUGCUACGCGGAAAGGUCGAGGAGGGCGGGUUAUUCCGGCGCAUUGCGGGGGAGAAAGGCAAGGAUGUUCAUGAGCUUUCUGUUGAGGAGAGGGUGAGGGGAUUGCUUUUGGAAAGGUUGAGGAUGAAUGCGGAGGUUAAGGAUGUUUGGCAGGAUGCUCUCGCGCAAAUGUCACUACUUGCUAACAUCCCCAUCUCUCUUACGGAACUGCAUGCCCUCGCUUCGGAUAUUCUUACUCUUUCUGGUGAUGACGCUGUCGAUGUGGCUUGGUACACGCGGCGUCUGGCGGUGUCCGCUAUCUAUGCCAGUGCUGAGGUCGUUAUGACCCGUGACCCGACGCCGGAUCUUGUGGAUACGGCGGCGUUCGUGGAGCGCCGGUUUGAGGAUCGGAAGGCGCUUGCUGAUAAACUUACUGGCAUUGGACAGUGUGCUGGAUUUGGGUGGAAUACUGCUAUUGGGCUGGGGCGAAGCUGGGGGUUGAAGAUUUGA